AUGGCAUCUUCUCAAGGCACUAUCUUCUUAACAGGCGCCAAUGGAGGCCUUGGCUCAGCCAUUGUUGCCGGCAUUCUCAAGAAGCCUGAGCUUGCCGCCUACACCGGCGUCUACACGGUCCGCAAAGUAACAACCGCUACACAGCUUAAGACUGUCCUCAAGUCGGGAUCAAAGUCGCACAAGCAUGACAUCGUGGACUUGGAUCUCAGCUCCCUAGCCAGUGUUCGGAAGAUGGCAACCGAGCUGAACCGCCGGGUCGCAGCAGGGGAGUUGCCUCCAAUCAAGGCGCUUAUUCUCAAUGCCGCCUAUCAAGACCACGAGGAACUUAACAUGACGGCAGACGGUUAUGAGAUAACCUGGCAUGUCAACUACCUAGCGAACCAGUUGCUAUCUCUCAUGCUUCUCCAGAGCAUGGACAAGGAAAAGGGCCGGGUUCUCAUCCUUGGCAGUUGGUCCCAUGACAUUGACGACAAACGCAAUAACAUCGGUGGCGAGCCGUACAAGGGCCGCACCACGCUAUUUCCUAGCGUGGAGGAGCUCGCCAAGGGGACCUGGAGCACUCCCAAGGAUGGCGAUGGAUGGUGGACAGGUUUCCGAAGAUAUGGAGCGAGCAAGCUCUGUGCCGUCAUGCUCAUGCACGAACUUGCCAACCGCAUCGCAACAGACCCAGCGUUGUCCAACAUCACAGUCGUUGGGCUGGACCCUGGCGCAAUGAGCUCAGACCUGACCCGACGGGGCAGCUCUGCGAUGCAUUUCAACAUCAAGUUUAUGCUCCCCAUGAUGGCUUACCUGGCAGUCAAGUUCAACCCGAAUGGUGCCAUGCGUCCAUUGUGGAAGAGCGCUGGGGAUGUGUUACGACUGUGCUUUGAGGUUGACGCUCCCAAGGGAAAGGCACUAUACUUGAACGGCACGGAUGAGCUUGAGACAUCGAAAGAGGCGAGGGAUGCAACGAAGAGAAAAUCCCUGUGGGACUACGGACUGAUUGCUGCCGGGAUCAAGCAGGGUGACACAGUCUUGACGAAUUGGAAGUGA